UUUAAAUCAACUGGUCGCUGGGGCCUUUCUGAAGUCUGUGUGGUCUCCCUACGAUAUGCAGGGGAUGGUGAGACCUGGGCAGCGGGGGUGCGUGUUUCCGCCUCCUGCAGGCUGUAUGCUGUGAGCGGCUGCACUGAAGCUGUGUGUGUGAACCAGCACAAGACUCAUUCUGCACUGACACCAACCGUCCGUAGCCAGCUGCAGGAUGGCCGGGAGCUUCUUCAAAGGACGUUUUCUGUCCUUAUUCGACUACAAAACGGAAAAAUACAUUGUCGCCAAAAAUAAGAAAGUUGGGAUUUUGUACAGACUUAUUCAGUUAUCUAUCAUCGGUUACAUUAUAGGGUGGGUUUUCUUAAGCAAGAAAGGCUACCAGGAAACAGACGAGGCCAUCCAGAGUUCUGUCAUAACUAAACUGAAGGGAGUGUCAGUGACUAACACCACUGAGUCUGGUCUGCUGGUGUGGGGACCGGAGGACUAUGUCAUCCCACCACAGGGUGAAGCAGUUCUGUUUGUUGUAACCAAUUUCUUAGAGACGCCAAACCAGAAGCUGGGAUACUGCGCUGAGAGUCUCAAAGUGCUGGAUGGCCACUGUCGAGAUGAUGAAGACUGUGAGGACGGAAAGAUGGUAGUGGCUGGUAAUGGAAUCAUGAGUGGCCGAUGCUUAAGAAAAGAUGAAAAAUCCAUCGGUACCUGUGAAAUCUACGGCUGGUGUCCCAUUGAAAGAAAAUUCAUACCACAACGCCCUCUACUGACAAACGCUGGAAACUUCACUAUCUAUAUCAAGAAUUUCAUCCAAUUUUCUAAAUUCACAUUUUCAAAGUCCAAUGUCCUUGAAACUACCGACGGCUCAUAUUUGAGGAAAUGCAGAUAUGAUGAGGAGCUCAACCCCUACUGCCCCAUCUUUCGUCUGGGAGACAUCACCAGGCGAGCUGGAUACAACUUCCAGGACUUGGCCACAUUUGGUGGCUCCAUUGGCAUUAUGAUACAGUGGGACUGUGACCUUGACAAAGGCUACUCUAACUGCCAUCCACAGUACCGCUUUACUCGGCUAGACAUCAGUGUCUCCAACAAGACCAUCACUACGGGAUUUAACUUCAGACAUACUCGGUAUUUCAAAAAUGCUGCUGGUGAGAGUUAUCGAUCCCUUUUCAAAGUCUUUGGUGUCCGAUUUAACAUCAUGGUGCAUGGAAAGGCCGGGAAAUUCAGCAUCAUCCCAACAGCCGUCAAUGUGGCUUCAGGGCUGGCUUUGAUGGGUGCUGGAGCUUUCUUCUGUGAUAUGGUCCUUCUCUACCUGAUGAAAAAGGGUGACUCUUAUCGAGAGAGGAAGUUUGAAGGAUUCAGAAAUACAGAGAAAGCAUCCGAAGGCAACAGUGAGGAAGCCAGAAAGAAGGAAAAUCUGACGAAUUAGACGUUUCACUGCGUGAGUUGAGUUUGCAACAUGCCUUUCUUGGUUAUAAUAAUAAAUAUAAUAUUAUAAAAAUGUACAUAUUUUACAUAAUAACUUUGCUGUACUGGGUUGGAGCUCAUGUAAGGUGAUACAUCAUUUUCAAACAUGUAAUUUUGUUGAAUUUGUCAGUUUUAAGAUUCUACCAUAUGUACUAUAAUAAUCUGCAUUAAAAUCUCAUCUUUAAAAACAACAAUUUAACUAAAAAAAUGUAAUUACCAUAAUUGUAAGUAAAUACAGACCUGGUUUAUGGUAAUAAUGACAUAUUGUGUAAAGACUGUAAUACUGUUGCUGAUUGUAUAAAAGAACAUUUUUGAAAGUCAUAUUUGGUGCCUCACCUUAACGAAAACAGGAAAAAACAGGACUGGUGACUUUGAUGUGGUUCAAUGUUUAUGCCUCAUAACACUUAUGUGGUUCUUCACGUUCUUCUGAGAGGCAGACUCAUUCCUUGUUUGAGAAAUUCACAUUAAAUUAUCAGUAAAAAUACCCAGCACGUGCUAUUUUUAGUCAAACAAGCAGAAUGACUUUAGGGACUGUUACUUUUCGAAAUCCAUUUUUCCUGUUCAGGGUUGUGGGAAUCAUAGACAGAUUAAAUGCACAGAAAACUAGAGCAAAACACAAAUCGCAAACUUCGCACAGAAAAGCAUUUUACAUGGAGGACUUAAUCAUGUUGCUUUUCUUCAGAAUGACAUUGUUUCCUGCUUGAAUUGCAUGACUGAUAAUUACUAUGAAUGGACUAUGCCUCAUGCAUGAAUCACGCAUUAAGUGCCAGUUUUCAUCGAACACCUUUGUCUUUAUGUAAUUUUAUUCAAUUUAACAAGUAAUCCUUUAUUUAUUAAUUGAUACAGAAGAAAGCUAUAUGCCUGUUACCUAAGUAAGUGUGCAAAUAAAGAUUUUAAAUAAAGAUUAA